AUGUUGACCCUAUCGGAUCUUCUUACUUCCAAUGCACGCACUGAUGAAAUUCUUAGUGCGUUGACCGUAGAGCAGUUGGCGAUUGUCGAAAAGACAGUUCAGCGAGUAAAGAGAAAGAAAAUGAAAGAGCACAAAAAGGUAAAUGGAAAUAAUGGUGGUGGGGGAAGCAACAGAGUUUACAACAAUGUUGACGUGAUGAAUCCGACUGCAAAGAACAUGUUGAUGAAAGUUGGAAUGACGGGCAAUGAGAAUGGAAGAAGAGAACAGAUCACUGAUAAGAGAAACGAAAGAUGGAGGGAUAACAUGGUAAUAGAACCGGACCUUGUCGGCUCUGAUCGCCAUUCAUCCAUGAAUACUGCAAUUCAACACCAGUAUGAGGUUCCCCAUGCAGACCCACGUGUUCAUCAGCAUGCAUACUCGUCAAAACAAGAUCCCAAACUCGAAGAACAUGACGGAAUUCACUAUGUCGUAUUUACAUAUUCCGUCAAAGGACAAAACGAGAAUUACAAAGUAAGAGUAGAUAUAGACAAAGUACAAAUAAGCGAGAUAGACGAGGUAUUCAAGAGAGACAAUUGUUUAUAUCUAAGAGCCAACUGUAGAGAGGAUCAAUAUAAGGGGAAUAGGUGGAGUUACGAACGAGAGUGUAAUGAGUUGGGAUGGAAGUUGGCAUGGUUGAAUAAGAGUGUGAUUGACGGCAAGCGAGGUCUCCUUCAACGCGCAGUAGAUUCGUACCGUAAUCGUAACCCUACGAUGCGUUCGCGUCGUGUUGUGCGUAAUGAGAAACUUCUCAAUGGCACGUUACGAAAACGAACCACGCGAGACUCGCCACCGUCGGCGUCUUAUGAAUUGCUAUCAGUUUCCAACAGUCUUACCUCCCCUGUUGGAUCCUCGUCGAAUGCCUUUACGCACGAGCCGUCGUAUGAUCAAUCAUACGUUUCCCCGUCCAAGCGUCACAAGUCGUAUGCAAAAUCGUUCACGUUUGAGAGUGUUAGUGAUGGAACUGUUAGCAGAAUUAAGAUCCGUGCUGAUGUUGACAGUGUGGAUUCGAGGAAUCUUUCAGAACAGUUCAAGGAAGACAAUUGCGUUUAUCCAAGAGCGCUUGCUGGAAAGGAUGAGUAUCAAGGGAGUAGGUGGGAACUGGAGAAUUGGUGUAAUGAAAUUGGAUGGAAGUUGGCUUACUUGAAUCAAGCAAAAUUAUCUGGCAAGAAAAUUUUGCUUCAAAAGGCUCUUGAUGUCUAUCGAUCCAAGUUCGCCUCAGAAUAUCGUCCUCGCCGCGGAAGAUAUUCGCACACGCUAACAGCUCGAUUCUUUGAGAAUCAUCCGCGUGCAGAUGGAAUGGAUGAUAUUGGGGUGGAUGAAGAGAUGAGUGGGGCUGGGGUGAAUGAUGUGGAUGUGGUGAACAGUGUUGAGAAUGAACAGAACGUUGUUGAGACGCAUAGACAGGAAAUCGAAUUGGAUGGUGGUGGGAAUACGGACUAG